AUUUCGCAGAGUAGCAUCCCCUAGAUUAUUUUUCUUGGCGUGUAGAGUUUGUGUACCGUUUAACAUUCGUCCUAAUCUAUACCUGUAAAGCUCACUUGGGACAAAAUGCCUUCAGCACUCGUGCUUUUGGCCGAAGGGGCGGAAGAAAUGGAAACUGUUAUUGUGGUUGAUGUUCUGCGUCGUGGUGGGGUGGAUGUGACCCUAGCAGGUGUGGCUGGAAACAAACCAGUUAAAUGUAGCCGUGAUGUCACCAUAGUUCCAGACACUAGCCUUGAGAGUGCUUUGACCAAGGGGCCAUAUGAUGCCAUUGUGUGCCCCGGUGGUGCAGGUGGAGCCAAAAUCCUUAGCCAGUCCCCUGUUGUCGGUAAGGCCUUACAAGAUCAGGAGAGCAGAGGGGGCAUCAUAGGUGCAGUUUGUGCUGCCCCGACAGCUCUGGCAGCCCAUGGUAUUGGCAAGGGCAAGAAAGUAACUUCUUAUCCCAGCAUGGGUGACAAAAUGAAGCAAGGAGGAUAUCGUUACUUAGAAGAUCGAGUUGUUCAAGAUGGAAAGCUGAUCACCAGUCGGGGGCCAGGAACCUGCUUUGAGUUUGCCCUUAAGCUCGUUGAGGCACUUGUUGAUAAAGAGAAGUCCAAAUCCCUGAUUGAACCUAUGCUGAUCAAGAUCUAAAAGCAGAAUGAAGAACCACUGAGCCUGCUUCAGAUUCUUUGGCUUCUUAGUUUUCCAGAGACUUUACUCCCACAUUUAUUAUAGGAAAGAAUGAAAAGUUCUUUGCUUUUAAAACUAUUGAUGUUUAUUUUAUAUGUUUACUGUUGUCACUUAUGAUGGUUUUAGGUUUUGAAUGUUUUCCUUUCUUGCUAUUCAAUAUGAUUUUUUGUAAAAUGUGAAUGGACAUUAAAGUGAAGAGAAGAAAAAGGUC